GGUCAUUCAGCCUGACGUUCCUUCACACACCACCGUACCUACGAUAAUUGCUCUAAUAUAUAUUCUUCAACCCUAAAUGUUCUUUGAUAUAUCCAUAAUUCGUUGAAGUUCUUACUAUCAAAUCUUUCUUGCAUAGCACAUCAUUAUGUAUUAUAUGCCUCCCUAGAAUAGAUUGAACCUGCACCCUUUGAUAGCUUAGAUUCAUUGAUUACCUACAGCAUAUCAUACAACCUCUACACAACGAACCUUUAUCAAUAGCUGCACGAGAUGCAGUGUGAUAUAUGUUUCCGAACGGGCGGGCAUAAACUACCAUUUCUCUGCCCCACUGAUGCGCGAAACCAACUAUACGAACUUCGAGUACAAACCGCUGGCAUUCACCUGGAAAAGGAUGCCAUUGAUCGAGAAAUCAGCAGACGUUGCCCGCUACCCCUUUCAAAAGCGGAGAGAUCUAGUAAUGAAACAUCUGCGACUAUCACCCAGUUGGACCAUGAUGCGUUGAUUUCGGAGCGAGAAAGAAUUAUAGACCGCACGAAUCAGAUUAUUGCUCAUGCAGAUGAGUUGAAAGCAAAUCUAGAGCGAGCAAAGGAGGAGCGCAACAAGAAGAAGAUUGCCAAUGACCGCAGAAAGGCGGAACUUACCUCAGCUUCAAAGGGAAUUGAGGCUCGUAGGACUAAGCAGAUAGAAGCUGUUGAGGGCUCUACCCAGCGGACAAAAUACAGAUGGAACCAGACAUAUGACUUUGUCGGGGAGUCUAGGGCUUAUCUUUGUUAUGAAUCUGCCAACUUGUAUGGGCUUCAAAGAUUUAAAGCAAGCAAUGGAGGGGAAGAAUAUAGAAUAGCUGGCGUCAAUAUAGUAGACCUGAGGUUGAUGAACACGGCAAGCCCAGCCCAAAUAUCUACCUCCUUGGCUCACAUCGCGCAUGUCCUCAUGCUAGCUACUUAUUAUCUCGCUGUUCGGUUGCCUGCAGAGAUAACACUUCCUCAUCGCGAUUAUCCUCGUCCCACGAUAUUCUCUUUAUCUUCGUCGUACAUGCAUACCAAUGUACCAUUUCCUGGUGGAACCAGCUCAUCAAGUAAUAGUCCCUCAACCUCUCGCCAUACCGAAAAUGCUUAUCAGCCGAGACCGAGACCGUUAUGGAUUAAUAAGCCUCUGCCCAUAUUAGUGAACGAGGAUUCUGUAGCCCAUAGUUCCUUCCUCGAAGGGGCUAUUCUUCUCGCUUACAAUGUCGCCUGGCUAUGUAAAAGCCAGGGGGUUCCUGUAGGAGACAGUGAUACCACAAGCUUUGAAGACAUCUGUAACAUAGGGAAGAACUUAUGGAAGCUUCUCAUUGGCGAUAAGCCUCGACUCCCUCCAAAACCACGCUCCGAAUCUCCUAGCCCUGUCCCAGCUAAACCCCUCGAUUCCAAGGGCUACGUGGAAAGUGAAGACAAGAACACCCACAAACCUGAACGCUCAUCUAUCGGAUGGGCCAGUCAUGGGUCCGCAUUCUCAUUCCUAGGGAGCGCAGAAGGCGCAGAGUUCAUACGAGGUUUUAAGCUUCCACGUCCAAAUCAAAUGGGCGACAUACUAAAGAAUAAGCUCAUGAGCGAAGUGGCAAACGCAGAAUGGGAACUUUUGAGCCAAGAUGCAUGGGCAAUAGAGGACGACAUGCGUAGCGAUGGAGUCGUGGUGGGUGCUAGAGAUGAGGGGCACGCGACUUUUUGUGGCAGCAAGGAGAGGGAUUACACGGCUGGAAUGCAGAGUUUCAUGAGCAUGAGAACCGUGAUGGAUGCAGUUGAAAUGGUUGGUGAGGGGACUGGUAUCAAUGCGGCGAUUUCUGAGAGGCUUCCAUUUGGCCUUGCGAAUGGCACUGAUAAAGACAGGAGAGAAAGAGAAAGGUAUGCUAGAGCCAGAGCAGCCAAGGAUAAAGACCAAGACAAGAAAUCUGGAACGAGUGGAUGGACGAAAUUGAAACCUAGAGGGUAGAGUAAUGCAAAUUAGGCUACUGAAUACCUCUUAAUAUCCAAUGCUUUCCACACAUAUGAGAUCAGGGUUCUUGAGUUGGGUACCUGGGACAGAUUAGGAGCAUGGAUGAAAUUAUGAAUAUGGAUAAGGAUAUGGAUGGCGAAAUGGAUACAGAUACGGAUACGGAUAUGAAUAUUAAUCAGGAAAGGGCUCAGAUCAUGGUGUAUUUCUCCUUCAUGUGAGCAAAGACGAGCAGGAGGAAAUUGAUCUAGAUUAGCACAUAGAUGUACAAUGUAAUUAUAUUGUAGAAUUUCAGAGUAUACAAUACUAACUAGACUACAUUAGAUAUCAGUAACGCAUAUUAUAAUUACAACA